AACCCUUUUUUUAAUACAGACUGUUGCCCAUGAAAUCAUGGGAGGCCAUACCCAUAUGCACGUGGACGUGAUGGUAUCUUCAAGUCUGGCCAAAAAGACGGUCACUUUCCCGUGAAACCUCAGUUCAGUUCAGUUCAAUUCAAUUCAAUUUUCCCUUCGAUUCUUCAAUCUUCUCUUUCUCUUCUUCAAUUUUCCCUGCAAGAAAGAAAGAAAGAGAGAAAAUAUCUGUGAUGAGUCACAUGAUUUUAGCCCAAAAGAUCUCCCAAUUGAGCGUGACGUCCAUUUUUGUGCCAUUUUUCUGUGUCUCUUCGAAACCAACAAAUCCACCGCCAGAUUCCUCUCUCUGCCCUCCGCUUCAUCACAAAUUCUGAAUCACUUACUUCUGGCUUUCGAUUGUUUUGCGUCUUGGUUUCUUUUGUUUCAUCCUGCUGAGUUGAAUCUGAUGAAUUACAUCCGGGCUUUGCUAGGUCUUCUCUGCUCGGAUUCUUUCCCGGAAAAUGGUGAAUCUUGGUUUGAUUUCAGGGAUCAAGUCUAAGAAAUCUGUGAAAUUGAGUUUCAGAAUCCCUUAUUACACUCAAUGGGGGCAGACUCUUCUGGUGUCUGGUUCUGAACCGGUGCUUGGUUCAUGGAAUGUUAAGAAAGGCCUUGUGUUGAGUCCUUGUCAUGAAGGUGAUGAGCUUGUUUGGCGUGGAAAUGUGGGCGUUCCACCUGGGUUUGGAUGCGAGUACAGUUACUAUGUGGUGGAUGACGAUAGGAAUGUUCUGAGGUGGGAGAUUGGGAAGAAGAGGAAAGUAGUGCUUCCUGAUGCGCUUCAGAAUGGAGAGUUGGUGGAACUUCAUGAUCUUUGGCAGACAGGUUCUGAUGAUCUCCCUUUUAGAAGUGCCUUUAAAAGUGUCAUCUUUCACAAAACAUGGACCUUAGAUAUUGAAAGACCCCUUGGGGUCUUUCAGAAUAAUUCUGGUGAGAAAGAUUCAGUCAUUGUUCAUUUCAAAAUUUGCUGCCCGAGUAUAGAAGAAGGAUCAUCAAUUUAUGUAAUUGGAAGUUCUGUAAAAUUGGGCCAUUGGAAAGUUCAGGAGGCACUUAAACUUCAUUUCGCUGGUGAAUCAAUUUGGCAAGCAGAUUGUGUUAUGCAAAAGGAUGAUUUUCCUAUUAAAUACAGGUACGGAAAAUAUAGCAAGGCAGGGAACUUUUCCUUAGAAAUUGGUCAAAAUCGAGACCUAAUUGUUGACUUCUCAGCUAGCCAACCAAGUUGCAUUCUGCUUUCAGAUGGAAUGAUGCGGGAAAUGCCUUGGCGAGGCACUGGUGUGUCAAUCCCCAUGUUCUCUGUUAGAUCAGAAGCUGAUCUAGGAGUUGGAGAGUUCCUUGACCUGAAGUUACUUGUAGACUGGGCUGUAGAAUCCGGAUUUCAUUUAGUUCAGCUGUUACCUAUCAAUGACACAUCCGUUCAUGGGAUGUGGUGGGACUCGUAUCCAUACAGCUCGCUUUCAGUAUUUGCAUUGCACCCGUUGUACCUGAGAGUACAGGCCCUUUCUAAGUCUAUUCCAGAGGAGAUCAAGCAAGAAAUUCAAAGGGCAAAAGAACAGCUGGAUAGAAAGGAUGUGGAUUAUGAGGCUACCAUGGCCGCAAAGCUUUCAAUUGCCAGAAGGGUUUUUGAUCUUGAGAAGGAUACGAUACUAAACUCAAGUUCCUUCCAGAAAUUUUUCUCUGAGAAUGAGGAUUGGCUGAAGCCUUAUGCAGCAUUUUGUUUUCUCCGGGAUUUUUUUGAAACGUCAGAUCACAGCCAAUGGGGUCGAUUUUCUUCUUUUUCAAGAGAGAAGCUUGAGAAGCUUGUGUCAAAGGACAGCAUCCACUAUGAAAUAAUUUGCUUCCAUUAUUAUAUCCAAUUCCAGUUGCAUUUACAAUUGGCAGAAGCUGCUGAAUAUGCAAGAAGGAAAGGAGUGGUGCUGAAAGGAGAUCUCCCUAUUGGCGUUGACAGAAAUAGUGUGGAUACGUGGGUCUACCCAAAUCUGUUCCGGAUGAACACAUCUACUGGGGCACCUCCGGAUUAUUUUGAUAAAAAUGGGCAAAACUGGGGAUUCCCGACUUAUAAUUGGGAGGAGAUGUCAAAAGACAAUUAUGCUUGGUGGCGUGCCCGCUUAACACAGAUGGCAAAGUAUUUCACUGCUUAUAGGAUUGAUCACAUACUGGGAUUCUUUAGGAUCUGGGAGCUUCCAGAACAUGCAAUGACGGGUCUUGUUGGGAAGUUUCGACCCUCUAUUCCUUUAUCUCAGGAAGAGCUUGAAAGAGAGGGACUAUGGGACUUUGAUCGCCUGAGCCGUCCAUAUAUUCGGCAGGAAUUUUUACAGGAUAAAUUUGGUGCUUCUUGGACAUUUAUAGCUUCUAACUUCCUGAAUGAAUAUCAGAACCAGCAGUUUGAGUUCAAGGAGGAUUGCAACACAGAGAAAAAAAUUGCUACCAAGCUGAAGUCCUGUGCACAGAUGUCUUUAUUGUUGGAUAGCGACAUGACAAGGCGCAAUCUAUUUGAUCUUCUACAGAAUGUAGUUCUCAUUAGAGAUCCAGAGGAUGCAAAAAAAUUCUAUCCGCGCUUCAAUCUUGAAGAUACAUCAAGUUUUAAGGAUUUAGAUGAUCACAGCAAAAAUGUUCUGAAAAAGCUAUACUACGAUUACUAUUUCCAUCGGCAAGAAAGUCUUUGGCGACAAAAUGCUCUAAAAACUCUCCCUGUCCUCUUAAACUCGUCAAGUAUGCUGGCUUGUGGGGAGGAUCUGGGCCUCAUUCCUUCCUGUGUUCAUCCUGUUAUGCAAGAACUGGGAUUAAUAGGAUUACGAAUUCAACGUAUGCCAAGUGAACCUGGUUUGGAGUUUGGAAUUCCUUCUCAAUACCCCUACAUGACUGUGUGUGCCCCAUCAUGUCAUGACUGUUCCACCCUUCGUGCCUGGUGGGAAGAAGAUGAAGACAGAAGAUGUCGAUUUUUUAGAACCGUGGUCGGGUCAGACAGUUUGCCACCCAGUGAGUGUGUUCCUGAAAUUGCAUAUUUCAUCUUGCAGCAACAUGUUGAAGCACAGUCAAUGUGGACCAUAUUCCCUCUCCAGGAUUUAUUAGCACUGAAAGAAGAAUACACAUCCCGUCCUGCAGCAGAGGAGACUAUCAAUGAUCCUACAAACCCGAAGCACUAUUGGCGAUACCGUGUUCAUGUGACACUGGAGUCCUUGCUGAAGGAUAAAGAGCUUAAAACAACCAUCAAAGGUCUUGUUCAAGGAAGUGGAAGAUCAUAUCCUCCAUUGGAAGAAGAAAUUCAUGUGGGUAUUGAAAAUGCUGCUUUAGAUCCAUUGAAGCAGCGUGCUAUCAUUGCCCAGGAGAAGAUCUCUUCGGUGAUCCACCCAAAUGAGAUUCCUAAAAGGGAAAACAUAGCAGUCUUGUAGGCUGUUCAUUGUAUUUUCACAUCAAUUACAUGGGCAUAGAUAUUUGGUAUUUUGUUGUCCCAUCCUUUUCCUCAAUCAACAAGCAUACUUGUGCUCUUAAUAAGCUCUUAAUAAGGCGUAUGUUGUUUUA